CCGAAUAUAAUAAAAUCCCACUCCAGCCUCCACUCCCAUUUAAUACCCUCCAUCAAACGAAACCAACCCUCCCCAACUCGCCACUGCCUCUGCGCGCAGAACACCCAGACAAACCAACCUUUUUUUUUCGACACGACAAGAAGUCUUAACCGUCGCUAUGCCGAAGAACAAGGGCAAGGGUGGCAAGAACCGCAGAAGGGGUACCAAGGAGAACGACGAUCAGCGUCGUGAGCUGACCUUUAAGGAGGACGGCCAGGAGUACGCCCAGGUUGUAAAGAUGCUCGGCAACGGCCGCCUCGAGGCGCUCUGCUUCGACGGGUCAAAGCGACUCGCCAACAUCCGUGGCAAGAUGCGCAAGAAGGUCUGGAUCAACCAGGGUGACAUCAUCCUCCUCUCCCUCCGUGACUUCCAGGACGGCAAGGGCGACGUGAUCCUCAAGUACACGGCCGACGAGGCCCGUACCCUCAAGUCGUACGGCGAGCUGCCCGAGAAUGCCAAGAUCAACGAGACGGAUACCUUCAACCAGGGCGAGGAUGGCGAGGCCUACUUUGAGUUCGGCGACGCCGACUCGGACGAGGAGUCGGACGACGCGGCGCCCGGUGGUAAGAAGGAGGUUGACAUUGACGACAUUUAAAGAAAAAGAAGGAAAAUUUGUCCGUUCAAUGUCAACAACACCUCACCAGUACUGUCUUCUCUCUCAAACCCUCUGGUGCUAGUACCAGGGGACCCACGACAGUCAUGCAGAGCAAGGACGAUGCCGGCAGCCGUGGUGGGAGGGACGCCACGGCUCGCCAAGGUCAUUCUACGUCUUAUCAGACUAGCAUAAGAAUGAAAAUAUGUU